AUGGCCGGCAACGACUCGCCGCCGGCGGGCGCCGAGCUCCAACGCAACUUGUCCUACUACAGCAUCAGCAUUCUCCUUCAAGUUUUAAUCGGCGUCUUCCUCGCCAUCAACCUGUUCCUGCUGGGCACGCUGUUGUCCAGGGACCAGUUCAGGUUGUCCAUGCGCUACAUCCUGUUUGCCAACAUGCUGCUCAACGACUGCUGGUUCCUGGUCAUCAGCGACGUGCUGCUGCUCUUCUACUACUUUGGCAUCUCCACCGGCCUGUGGCUCUGCAUGGCCGUCUACUUGCUCCUGGCCCUCUCCAACCUGGCCACGGCGUGCACUUUGACCGCCAUGACUUUGGAACGCUACGUGGCCGUGUGCCUGCCUCUGCGGCACGCCGAGCUCUGCUCCGGGCAGCGAGCCCUGGGCGGCGUGGCGUUCAUCGGCGGCCUCGGCUGCAUCCCCGGCGCCGUCUUCUUCUUGGCCGUCUUCGCCUCGGUGGGCAGAGACUUCUUUGAGCGGCGGCUGAUGUGCGACAUCCACAGCCUGGAGGCCUACCCGUGGCACAACCACCUGAGGUCGGGCAUGUUUGCGGCGUACUUCCUGGCCAUCGGCGGCGUCAUCGUCUUCUGCUACGUGCGCAUCAUGAAGGCGGCCAAGGCGGCGUCGGCCCGGGAGCGAGCGGCAUCCCGGAAAGGCCUCGGCACGGUGAGCCUUCACGCCGUCCAGCUGCUCCUCUGCCUGAUGUACCUGCUGCUCCCCCCCAUCGAGAAGGCCCUGGCGCGGGUGGAUCGUGACGCGUUUCAGGUUGUGCGCCUCUUCAACUACGUCACCGUGAUUCUGAGCCCGCGCUGCCUGAGCCCUCUGGUCUACGGCCUCCGGGACGAGAUGUUCUUCAAGGCGCUCAAGUCGUACGUGCUCGGCGGUUUCUCCGGGAAGAACUGGAGGAGGGAAAAAAGGCAAAAGCUGCAUUUCCGUCGCCACGCUUCAAAAGCCGAGUGCUCAAAGGGGGGCAGGCCGGCUCGCGUCACC